UUCGGCGUUUUUCUUCUAGGGAAAGGGUCCUUCUUUCUUGAUCUGAUGUAUAUACAAAAUAAGUAUAUACGCCGAGGAUAGCACACCGGAGAAUGUGAAUGUGCAUAAUUUACAUGCUGCUAAUAUUUAAGCUUGAUGCUACCUGUGGGGGGAAUUGUCCCGAGUUAGGAUUUUGUGGGGAACGGUGAAUUAGAGGAAUGAGAGAUGAAGAAAAAACAGGUGAUGGUUCUUGAAGCUGUAACGAAUGACGAAUGCUGGAAUGUGGCUUAAAACGAAGAGUUUAGAGCACCGGGCUCUCGUAAAACAAAACGGCCGCAGCUGAGGGUUUCAGUUGGAAAUUUUUGUAGGAAGGUAUUCGUUGAGGGAUGUUGGGGAAGAAAGUCUGAAAAGUGAACUUCUUGGCCGGAUAAUCGGAGUUGUUUUAGCCUCAGGUGCAGCAAUGUAGCAAAAACUCAUAGCUUAUAACUCAUUGGAGAAGAUUUCUCAAAGCAGAAGAAGCAAAAUUGUACUUACAUAUGUCUUACGACAAGCACCGGAAUCCUUUCGCUUUUGAACUGCAGCAAGGCAGCAAGGCAGCAUCAGGAAGAAACGCUUUUUAAGGAUCGCUACUUGUGAACCGAGUGGUUUCAAAUUGUCGGUGAACAAUUGUGAAUGAGGUGGAUGAUACUAUUGGGUUCCUAGUGGGUUGCUCACUAUUUCCUGAAUCACCGUCAUCAUAGUCGGUUGUCGUUCUUCGGAAUUCUUACAAGAAGUGUUGAAGGUGGGUUGGUGGAAACGAGCCAAAUCAAGAAUUCUUCUGGUCGUCUCAGUCAGCAGAGAUCAACGUUCUUGUUACCAUCAAACGUAAAUCCUGUGAAAGUGAAAAGAGAAAAAUCUUCAAAUAGUACUUGUACGUUUGCUUUCUUCGACAGCAUCCUCAACCUUUGGUUAGUUACAGAGAAAUAAAGAAAAAACCCAAAGAAAAAAAUCGAAUUCUAACAAUUCUGGCUCAAAAAUGGAUGGAGAAUCACGUUUUUCAUGUCGUUGUUAAUCGUAAGAACGUGCUUUGAAUCCUAGUUAGUAUAUUCGUGGAAUCACUCUGUCUCUUAUUUGGACCAGUCGGAGUCGUGAAAAUAACGAAUAGCAAGCAAAAAAAAAAAAAACACUCAAGUACUUGCCAACCAAAUUAGGUAAUCGUCAAUAGCGGAGUGGAAGAACAUUAAGUGCCACACAGUCGAAUCGAAGCGAACAGCGACCGCAACCAAAAAGGAGCUACUUUUUUGAAUGGAUAUUGAAGAACAGAGACAAGCGUUGAAUGAAAUUCCACCAUCGAAAUGUGACAACAAGUUGUAAGCUAGCUCCAAAAUACUGUGAACAAUUGGAACCAGCGGCAAAAAACAGCAGAAAUAGCGAGAGACACGACAAAACACGGCCAUGUUCUGAUUCGACUAGAAACAUUUUCCACCCAUAAAUCCCGGAUCGUAAAGCGCGCCAAAUAAACCAUUCAGCACAAAAUCAAACCAAUGAUCCGCAUUAAUGUGCUUCUCGUUUGACUGGGUUCUCCCGAUGGGUGGGUGGUGACUCUCGACUGCAUCCAACCGUCGAACCAUUCAACAGUUCCGUUCCGUUAAAGUGUUAAAUUGAAGGUACCCCACGAGAUAAGAAAGCGAAGAAAAAAGUGGAAAAAUGUGCAUCCAGUGAAAAUGAAAAUUUCCCGGGCGAGAUUCGUCAUCGUCGAAUGGAGGAAAAUUGUGCACGCUCGAUCCUUUUUUUUCUCUCAUCCCGUCCCCGAAGUGUAAUCAUCGGUGCUGACAAAAAUAGCUGCUAAAACAGCAGCAAAAUCAUCUGAAGUGAAAGUUUUGAUGGUUAUUGUGCUCCUCGCCGAUAAUACCGAGUAGUUUGCAGCACAAAUAACAAGCAGCAGAACGUGCUGUUUUUGGAGCAACAAUUUUCGCAGCAACACAGGUGUAUUUGUGCUGAACAAAUCAGAUUGUCGAUGUGAGUGUGCUUGCUGUAUGUGCUGUAUUGCUUUCGUCGUCAUCGUCGUUGUUAUCUGCUGAGCUAUGCAAAAGGAAUCUGUGGCGUUCGAUAGCAGAAACAAACCGUAAGCUGUCGACUAGCAAAUAGUAAUAGUCGUCGGUGAUAAUCUCGUGGGACAAAUCCAUUUGUGUUAAGAGGUUGGCAAGGGGCAUCUACAUAUAGGUGUGGAUGCUGAGAAGCAGAUAAUACGGUAGAUUAGUCGCCAGUUUCGAGUUUCGGGCUUAUCGUUCCCGCUGCCAUCGUCGGAAGGAUUCUGCCAUGCUGAAGGAAAAGGAGGAUGAUCAGGAGAUUUGCAAAGCACCAUCGCCAACCACCACCGAAGACAGGAAGCCUUCCAAGGAUGUUGAACUGGAUCCGAUGGGAUCACAGCGAGUCUACAAGAAGACUUCCUCCAAUCAGUUGCUGACCCUGUAUCUCGGAAGCCGGGAGCUGGUGGCCCGGAAGGGAGUCAUCGAACCCCUGCGAGGAGUGCUGUACAUCGAUCCGAAAGUCAUUGGCGAUGCCAAAAUCUACGGACAGCUGACGUUGACCUUUCGCUACGGUCGCGAGGACGAGGAAGUUAUGGGUCUAAAGUUUUGCAAUGAAGCCGUCAUCGCCUUACAGCAAAUUUGGCCUAGAAGCGGCGGCGGCGGCGACCAUCAUCAGAGACCGGAAGUGCUAACUCCAUUGCAGGAAGCUCUGCUGGAUAGGCUCGGCAAAAAUGCAAUUCCCUUCUCGCUGGAAAUUGGCACCCUGCCACCGCCAAGUGUUCAACUGCUUCCGGCCAAGCGAUACACCGGGGCCCCCAUCGGAACCAGCUACGACGUGCGGGUGUACACCGCAGCUGAGACCUCGGUCGUCGACGAACGAAUCCAGCGCCGCUCGACUGUACGGCUAGGUAUAAGAAUAAUUCAUAAGAUCUGCCCGGAAUCGACCAAAGCAGCGGCCCUGGAAACGGCCACCGUAAAUUCAUUUACUACUAGCGGCGGAAGUACGGCGGAUGCAGCCAUUUCCGGUGGUCCGAAGUCUCCCCUUCCGAUUGGGGUGGAUCCACCGAGCAAUACCAGCUGCAGCAGUGCUACGUUCAACUCCGGGUCCACCAAUCCCACAACUCCAACGAACACGGCGGCCAAUAGCUGCAUUUCACCUCCACCAACGUCAGGAACAGGAACGUCCGGCACCUCGUCAUCGGUCCAACAGGCCAUGAUGGCCAACAGUGGCACUGGCGGUGGCAGCAGCACUCACAGUAGCACUUCCAGCAGCACAAACAGUACCAUUCCGAGGGCCCUGAGGCUGCGACUGUCGCCCAAAUCGCUGAAGCUUUCGUCCCUGCAUCGGCACAGUAGCAGCGUGGACAGCACCAAUGGCGGCAUCAAAUCCUUCGGAGACCACGGCAUUAUUGAGCUGACCGAUGCGAACAAGGGCCCGCAGCUGUCCGUCGAUAAGCCCUUCCUGUGGGCAGAUGGACGGGUCAAUCUGAAAGCCUCGCUCAACAAAGCGGCCUACGUGCACGGAGAAAAUGUGACCGUUACACUGGACAUCAAAAAUGACAGCCGGAAGGUGGUGCGGAAAAUACGACUUGUAGCCGUUCAACACGUGGACGUCUGCAUGUUCAGCAACGGAAAGUUUAAAAAUAUCGUAGCAGAGGUAGACGUUAGCAAACACAUAGCUUCGGGAGACAACCUGCACGCAUCCUACUCGUUGCUUCCGGUGCGAGGAACUACCAAAAAUUGGAUAGCCGUUGAGGGCGCCCUCUUCAGCAGCAACUACAGUGAUCCAACUUCAGCCUAUAACUCUAAGCUCGCCACCAGUGCCCCGCGCGGUCUAACGCCUGUACCCAUGACAUCGGACGAGAAGAACGUCUUCGCCAUCUAUGUUUCCUACUACGUCAAGGUUAAGCUCAUACUCAGCAGUAUGGGCGGUGAAGUUUCGCUCAAGCUCCCGUUUGUCCUGGGAAAUGUAGAACUCAACGAACCUAGUGGCAACACUAGCACCCUCAGUGGACUGAAAAAACUGCGGGAAAUACAUCGGAAGGCUAGCUCCGCUACGAACAGCGGCAGCGGAAGUAUCGAUCUAGGGCCGAGAUCCCCCUUGACCAAAGAGAUGAGCACUCGAGAAUCGGACGACGAUCCCGAUGACAGCGAACGGAUAGAUCGAGUUAGCGAACGCAACAAUCACAACAAGAAGCAGCUUUCGGGAGGUCGUUCGGGUUCAGCCAAGUCGCCGGCUAAGGACAGUGCGCCUCCAGCAAAGACCGCCAGCACCAACAACCGGCGGGAGCUGUACAAGAAUUCCAAGUUCAACGACAACCUCAACAGUACAAUCGAUGUGAUCACCGAGGACUUCCAGACGCUGACGGCCAACAUCAACCAGCUGGUCAAAUCGGACUCGAGCAAGUCGAACCUCAACGAGGCGGGCAUGACCUGUCAGCAGGAGAUCAGCGUCGAGGCGCAGAUCCAUUGUCCACAGAUAAGUGGGACUGAUGAAGGCAUUAGCCAGAAUUGAUGACCUAAAGGCCUGUUUUUCGCUUAACUUUGUCUACCACAAGAGUAACAAAACCAAAGAAGACCCCUAAACUGUAGAAGCUCAUAUAGGGUGAAUAAUGUAGUGGUGAGAUUUUGUUUUUGAAAGUCGUACGAAACGGUAAAACUGAAAUUGAUCUUAUGGCUUUGGCUAAAUUGACAAAAGGCGUAGUGGUUACCACAUAAACUAGAUGAUUUUUGAUCUUAGAGGAGUCGUUGAUUAGAGCAUAACUUAUAGGACUAGUAUCUGCAAUUUUUGGCUUGAAACUUUUCUCGAAUUUGACUAUUUCAGCAUAACAAUUCCGGUUAGUUAAAAGCACCAUGUGCAUGCCAAUUCUGUCCCACUUCUACUUUGGAAGGUCGUUUUUAGGCGUACGAACAAAAGUACGAAUAUUAGUGUUGUAUAAUAGUGAUCAUUGGUGCGUCUGCUUUCGAAUUCAGAAGUUUUACUAUGUUGAAACUACAUAUCGAAAAUUAUUGAAGGAUAAAUUAAAGAAAGCUCAUAUUUACUGACUCCUCAAAUCCUCUGAUUAGACUUUGAAAAAAUAUUUAAAACAGAACCACCUAUAUUGGCACGAAAGAAACAAGAAAACCUAUUUAGUCAUAAAUACAAAAACUCGAUCAAUCGCAUUGGAAUAAAGCAUAAACAAACUGAAUGUAGAUUUCGUACCGGUGUACAAUUUUGACCUUUUACUCUCAACCUGCUGGUUAGCGUUGAAUGUUUUUACAACACCCACACAUAAAUAGGAUUAUUAUUAGAGGAAAAAAAGAAAGAAAAAUUCAUAGGAUUCCACAGCACGAAUCAUCAUCGGGCUGAAAUAAUUUAUGAAAGAUAUAGGAAUUUAAAAAAAAACUAGAUCAUCUUAACAGAUGAUCAAUCGAAACUAUUGUGAGACUCAAUGAAAUAAAUUGUAUGGCUUAAACAAAUUGCACUUACCAAUACACUCUAUCUUAGAGAAUUGAUUGCACAAACACAAGUCGAACCGACAGAAUAUUGUUGUAUGUAUAGCGUUUCAUAUUUGUUGAUGUGUGCGAGGUAAACUAUAGAUGUGAGCGUGUCGUUCGUUAUAAUGAAUAGUAGCAGAAUCGAACAGAUGAGUACUUAGUUGUCUAACGGUUGGUGUCCAAAGAUGUCGCUAGUGAAGCGGGAUUUUGUCAUUUAAAUGUCAAAUACUCGUUCGGGAUAAAAUGUUGGAAAAUUGUCUCUGCAGCGUGACAUCCCUACCAGUAUCAGCAGAGCAUAAGGUUGAAAUGAUAUCGUUUAUAUCUGUUCAGCUUCAAGUUUGCUCGAAAUUAUAGCCGAAAAAAAUGUUUCUAGGAAACUAUCAGUUGUAGCACUCGAACACUUCUAGAGAGAGGCAACAAUGAGUAGCUCGUUUAGAUGUUUAGAGGUCGUAAGAAAAAAAACACACUAUGAUUAAAGUAAGACGAUAAAAUUGAAUAUGUGAAAAAUGCUGCGAAGUUCGUAUUUUCAGUUUAGAAAAACGUGUUAAAUUUUGUAAGUUACCCUCCGCGGAGAAAAAUCAGAUCAGUUUUUUUUUUAUACUUUACUUGUAAAUUUAUUGAACACUCAAUUUUGACUUAAAAAUAUUUCAGUUGUUUCCUCUAUAAAAUUGUUUGAUCAUUCAUAGGAAAAUCUAAGAUGAAUACAUACAACCAAAUCUACAAUAAUCAGUUGUUGAGUCAAGAUGAGUGACUUUCUGCUAUAAUCGCCACUAUUUUGGUAUUGAUCAUUAUCAAUUUUAGAAUCGCCUUCAUUAAUGGUUGAAUCGAGCAUAAAUGUAGUUGAAUUUAUGCGGCAUCUAUUUUUUAAAAAAAUCAUCAUGACGCAGAAAUUAUUGUAGUCGAUUGAAAUUCCUAAAAAUAUGAAGUGGUAAAUCCGAAUGCUUAAUUUGAAAACAAUAUUUGAAUCCCUCAUUUUUGUUGCUAUUUGAAAGAUAUUUCUCCCUAAUGUUAAAGUUUGAAAAUAGUAUUGACAAGAGGUUUCAUAAAUGUAAAAACAUUGUUGCAAAUGUUCUACCUAUUGCUUGAGUCUAAUGCAAAACUCAAAUGGAAAACAGUGGACUGCUUAAAAAUUGUGCGAAUACUGAAAAAAAAAAUACAAUGGUAUCCAACAAUUCCCUCUCUUUUCUUUUCAUGAUGGGAAAAGGAACGAAUACCGUUUUCACUUUCUCCUCCAAUCAUUUUUGUACAUCACUAUUUGGUAAUAUAAGUUAUUUAGUCAAUUAGAGAAAGGAAAAAAACGUUAGCCAACACACGAAAACAAACCCUUUUGGAACAAAAAUGAAGCCAAAAGUUAAGACAGAGGUCACUGGUGACUCAAACUAUACAUGA